AUGCCACCACGAAACAACCCCCUCCCGGCCGCAGUCCGCCUCUUCAACUGCACAAUCUGCGACAAAGGCUACCCACGGCAACUCGACUACGAAAACCACCUCCGCUCCUACGACCACAACCACCGCCAACGUCUCGCCGACAUGAAGAAACUGACUGCCUCCAACGACACCGAGAGUAAUAAGCCGAAGCAGGGUCUGGAGAUGAGGAGCAUAGAUGUGGAGAAUGCGAAUAAGAAACCGGGGGUUGGGAGUCGGUUUACGAAGAUUGGGGGUGGUGGGAAUGCUGCGGCGGGGGGUAGGUUUAAGAAGGUGGGUGUUGCGGUUGGUGGGAGGGAUGGUGUGGAGGACAAGAGUGAGGUGGUGGUUGUGAAGACUGAGGAUGUGUCUGAGAGGAAUAUAGAGGUACCGGUUGCCGCUGCAAUGCCUGUUGCAGAGGCUGAGGUCAAGAAGGAAGAGGAUGUGCCUAUGGCAGAUAAAGAUGGAGAAGAGGAGAUUACUUGGGAGGAGUACGACUUCACAAAGCCAACCGGAUGCGAUCACGCGAGUUGUCCUGGAUGCAGAACAGAUGGCAUCUGGAGCGGUGGUUGGGUGGCUGUGGAUGCUGUGUGA